UGCUCGCUCUGGCACUGCGAAAACGCCAAAACAACACUCGAUUGUACGGCUAAAAAGUGCCCCGGUCAAUUACACCUGUAAUUGCCUAAAGUCUCAAAAGUUAAAAAAACCCGGAAUAAUAAUCUUCCGGCAGGGGAAACAAUGGCAACGCGUAGCCGACGUGUGUUUUGCCUAAUGGCCACAAUAAUGGCCACUAUUGUCUACAGUGGGGUCGUCGCCGAGUCUCCCGUUCCCGUCGUUCUAUGGCACGGCAUGGGAGACAGUUGCUGCUUCUCCUUCAGCCUGGGCCAGAUAAGGACCAUCCUGGAGGAGCACUUGCCGGGGGUUUACGUCAAGUCCGUUAAAAUCGGCGACAGUCUCGUGAAGGAUGUCGAGAACAGCUACUUCAAAAACGUUAACGAUCAAGUCCGGGAGGUGUGCGAGGAGUUGGAAAAUGACAAAAUGUUGAGCGACGGCUUCAACGCCAUUGGAUUCUCCCAAGGGGCUCAGUUCUUGCAAUGUUUCACAUAUAGGGUCGUCCAGAAUCACUUAGUUCAAGCCGAGUACUGGCACGACCCGUUAAACGAAGACGUUUACAAGCAGAACAGUAUCUUCUUGGCCGAUAUCAACAACGAGAGAAACGUUAAUAAGACGUACAUCGAAAACCUCACGAGAUUGAAAAAUUUCGUGCUGGUCAAGUUCGAUAAGGACACAAUGGUCCAGCCCGUAGAGACCGAGUGGUUUGGGUUCUACUCGCCGGGCCAGGCCGUGCAGACCGAAAAGUUGGAGGAUUCGGCCAUUUAUAAAGAGGACCGGUUAGGUCUGGCGGAUUUGCAGAAAUCGGGUAGACUUCACUUUCUGGCGGUCGACGCUAAUCACCUGCAGUUUACCGACGAAUGGUUUGUCAGCGACAUCAUCAGCGGGUUUUUAAAGUAAAAAUUUUGAUCGACUGCAGUCACCGCAUACUAUUUAUUAUACCUUUUUCGAUGUUUUUUAUUUGUGUCAAAAACGAUGGUGACGAUUAUUUUUUUCACAUCGUCUGUAAAGUGUGAGAUCGAUAUAUAGGAAUACGUGUGUAAUGCACUAUUUUUGGUUGAAA